AGUGUUUCGUUGUUUACCUACCAAAAAAAAAAAAAAAACAUUUAAAUUUUGUAUUUUUAAACAAAAAAAAAAAAAUUGGGGAGCCCCCCCGGCCUUAAUUACAGUGGUAUUUCCCGGCGCAGAGCGGCGCGGGAGUGCAGACUGGUCUAGAUUGUGGAGGCACGGUAGUGCUGAAGUGUUUAAGUCUGUUGUUGUUGUUGUUGUUGGUGACUGCGUGAAUCAAGCAAACAUGACUCGAGAUUACAAACCAGGGGAUCUGAUUUUUGCCAAAAUGAAGGGCUACCCUCACUGGCCAGCCAGGGUUGAUGACGUUCCAGAUGGAGCAGUAAAACCUUCCAAUGCUAAAUUGCCAAUUUUCUUCUUUGGCACUCACGAGACUGCAUUUCUAGGCCCCAAAGACAUCUUCCCUUAUGCAGAAAACAAAGACAAGUAUGGCAAGCCCAACAAAAGGAAGGGUUUUAAUGAAGGCCUUUGGGAAAUUGAAAAUAACCCAAAAGUCGAGCUUUCUGACCAAGAGAUGCUGCCGGUGGAGAGUGUGGCAGGCAAAGACCUUGUAUCGGACAGCAGCCAAGAACAUGAGGAGGAAGAGGAAGGAAAGGCUGGAGAUAAAAGAAGAAAAUCCACAAGUGCCAAAGACACUGCUAAGAAAGGUGCACCUGAGACUCCAGUGAAAGCCAAAAGAGGAAGAAAGAAAAAGAUUUUGGAAGUAGAACCAGAAUCUGAAAAGGAUGAAGUAAUUACCAGCCCUGUAUUGAGCCCACCAGUCGCUGAGGUCGUGACUCCCAAACGACGAGGCAGGAAACCUAAAGCAGAAAAGCUGCUGUCUUCUCCUCUUCCUCCUACUUCUGGGAGUGAGAUGGAUUUAAGUGAACCAGAGAAGAGGAGGAAGCGAGGGUUGGAGGAGAAACCUACAAAGGCACAGAAAUCUGAGGAGGAAGACAAAAAGGACGGGAGGAAGAGAAAGGAUGGAGAAAAGCCAGUAGAGACUGAGGAAAAAGAAAGCAUUAAAGAACCAGAGGUCAAACGGAGAAAAAAUGCCAAGGGAGGAUCCUCUUCCGACUCGGAAGACGACGGAGAGAAAAACAAGAAUGAUGCCAAAAGGCGCAACAUCUUGAAAGCACAGCAAGAUAUGUUGGAGUUGGAAAGGGAUGAAAGGAGGCGUAAAAUGGAAGAGCAAAAGGCUUCAGAGCAAAGCAAAGAGGAUGGAAAGAAGCCAGAAGAAAAGAAAGUGGAAAAGAAAAAAGAUUUAUCAACAGAAUCAAGGCUUCAGAGGUUACAUGGAGAAAUCAAAAUAUCACUGAAGAUAGACAGCCCAGAUGUGAAAAAGUGCAUUGAGGCAUUGGAUGAGCUUGGAACACUCCAGGUUACAACUCAACAUCUGCAAAAGCACAGCGAACUUAUUGCAACUCUCAAAAAGAUCCGUAGGUUCAAAGCCAGUCAGGAUAUCAUGGACAAAGCUACUAUGCUGUACAACAAGUUUAAAACCAUGUUCCUUGUUGGGGAGGGUGAUUCUGUCAUCACUCAAGUGCUGAACAAGUCCCUUGCAGAGCAGAGGCAGCAUGAGGAAGCCAAGAAAGGGGCCAUCAAGAAAGCAGAGCAAGCCAAAGAACUAAGCACAGACACUAAGGGGAUGAAUGGAGAUGUUUGUGCUGGAGAGAGAAAUCUGUCCCAGCAAGACCAAGAUAAAGAGACCACCGGCAAUGCAGAACAGAGCAGUGCUGGAAAAGAACAAACUGAAGAGAAAUCUGAAAAGCAGCAGAAAAGUGGUGAAACUUUGCCUGAAAACUAGACUGAAACUUGUUUGAAAAAGCAGAGGAAAAUGUCACCGCUGUUGAAUAUCUCAGCAACAGAAAUGUGUGUUUUUUAGUUUUUUUAGUUUUGUUUUUUUAAUUGCAGCUUUUAUUUUAAGUCCUUUUGACUGUUGUGGUUGCCCAUAUUUGACAUUCAAAACAAAAUAGAUAUUUUGAAAGUUUUAAACCAAGUCUAUUUUAUAUUAAAAUGUGAUCGUUUUAAAACUGUGUCACACCUGUGCAGGGUUAGAAACUAACAAUAUUGCUGCUACUAGUCCAAAAGAUUAGUACCUUUUUGAAACUUGCUAGUCCUGAUGUGACGUGCCUAAGUUGGAAUCAACAACAGUUAUUGACCCUAAAAAUAGGCUUAGAUUUUAUUUUGCUAAUAACAUAAACACCGUUAAAUGUAGAGUUUAGAUUUAUUUAUUUAUUUUUUUUAAACAAAGCACCUUCGUAAACGCUCAUACAGAUCGAUCAGUCACCUGUUUGCACCUCAUUACUGAGUGACUACUGUACUGUGUGCUAAGAAACUGACACUGACGGCACCAGGCGGGGUGACAGGAAAAAAUUAUCAGCUGUCAUCUUGCCGACCAUGAAGCUUCGCCUGGAAUUGACACCGAUGAGACAAAUAAAAUGUUUUAUUUUAUUGUAUGUUACAUGUUUACAAAAAUGGCUGGCUAUGAAUUACUAUCUACAUUAAUUAAUGUACUCAUGUAUACAUGCGGUCUUCACUAAAGUCCCAGUUUAAAGACCGUAUGUUUCACUGUAGCCCUCGGGAGGACUAUUGAGACACACGUCAACUAGUCCUCAUCAGAUUUAAUUUGCCUCUGGCAAGCGUGAGUUUCUAACCCUGCUUGUGUAACCCUUUUAAGCGUGAGUUUCUAACCCUGCUUGUGUAACCCUUUCUCCAAAGCCUUGCAUAUACAGCAAUACAGGUUUUGGUACAUAUGGUUGAAAGACUAGAAAACCAAUGGCUGUAUUUUUAAACUUUUUUUUUCUUUUUUUUUUUUUGCAUACAGGCCAGCUGCUGUCAUAGUCUAUUUUACAGUUUAAAAAAAAAAAACAUUUGAUUUCAGGAAAUAGAUUCCAUGGUUUUAUUCAUAAAUCUGGCUUUUUCAAACUAUGUGCAGUAUUUUUUUAGUAAGUUCUUUUGUGACUACUCCUGAUUUGAAGAAUACGCCAUUCAGAGUUGGAUUCAUCUGCUUUCCCUUUCUGUAAAGCUGUUUCUCAGUCUACCCCUUAUUUUCUGGCACAUCAAAACUGUAAACUUGAGGCACACCUAACUUUGAGAACUUAACUUUAAAUUUAGGCCAGUAACUUUUGCUUGGGAUACAAAUACUAGUAUGGUGAAAUGUGAGUUGAUUUCUAAGAAGUAAUGUCACUUUUUGUUUUUUUAAACCAUGAUCUGUAUCUAAACAGAACUAAUAGAGUCCAUGCUAAUUUGCAGUUAGUACAUCUGUGGGCUAGUCUUUUUAGUAGGAGCAGUAAUGUUUUGUUCUCUUGUUGUACAUAUUUCCUAAAUACUGCUAACUUGGAACUUUCCUUUUUUUUUUUUUUUUUUUUAGAAUUGUGUAUUUUUUUUAAGAAUGCACCAAUAAAACUACAGUAAACUGUGCCAAAGUAGUUUAUUCUUUUGCUUAAAAUGUAUUUCCAGAAACAAUGCUGCUGUUAUAGUUCUCAUUAUUAAAGUUGUAUUAAAUGUUUUGUUCACAUGUUGUAUUUUGCUGACACAUUUUUGUAA